AUGAAUGGACAAGUGGUAGCCGGUGGUAAUGGCGAAGGAAAUCGAUUAGAUCAGUUGAAUCGACCAACCGAUGUGUUGAUUGACAGAGACACUGAUAGUUUCAUUAUCUGUGAUCGAGACAAUCGACGAGUUGUACGAUGGUCUCGUCGUAAUGGCACAAUUGAAGGAACAAUCCUUAUCGACAACAUCAAGUGUUUUGGAUUGGCCAUGGAUGAUCAGAGAUAUCUGUACAUCUCUGACACUAAAAAACAUGGAAUUAGACGAUAUCAAAUAGGAGACAAGAAUGGAACUAUUGUAGCUGGUGGUAAUGGCAAGGGUGCUGGUCUCAAUCAACUCAACUUUCCAACCUACAUUUUUGUUGACCAACAACAGACUGUCUACAUGUCGGACUACUACAAUCAUCGUGUGAUGAAAUGGAAUAAAGGUGCAAAAGAAGGAAUUAUCGUUGCUAGAGAACAAGGCGAAGGAAAUGCUUUGACACCGUUGUGGUAUCCUGAAGGACUGUUCGUCGAUAUGUUGGGUACCAUCUAUGUAGUAGAUUCAGUCAAACAUCGCGUAAUGCGUUGGUCUAAAGGAACGCCACAGGGCACUGUCAUUCUCGGUGGAAAUGGUCGAGGAGAAGGAGCGAAUCAGUUAAACGCUCCCAUCGGUUUGUCCUUCGAUCGACGUGGCAAUCUCUAUGUCGCCGAUGCUGGGAAUCAUCGUGUUCAACGCUUUUCUAUUGAGUAG